UGACGCGCAAAGUCUAGCGACGCGCCGUGUUCGUAUGCACCUUCAUUUAUAAGAAUGCACUCUGCUGCCGCAUGUUUUUCGUCACCCCGACUGUCUUAUACCCCUUGACGCUAUUCGACGGACCCCGCAGUCAAAAUCGGUUCAGAUAUCUGGGGAACCGUGGAUGGAUAACCUCGAAUUACACGGACACAGUCAAAGUCGCGUGCUUCUAAUGCAGCCCUGUACAAAUCGCGAAUAGACCACAACACCUACAACAGCACCAUAAUAUCAACUCAACAUGGCUUCCGCCGCAGAAGUCAAGCCGGAAAUCCACGACCCGGAGACUGUCCACAACAAUGAAGCCGCCCUCCAUGAAAAGAAGGACUCGUCAGAACUUGGCAACGAACUGCGCGAGAACCCCGGCAGCGGCGCAACACGCGACGAUGACCGCGCCCACUACGAGCAAUUCGGCACAUACGACCGCUACGAGAUGACCGAGGAGGACUGCUACGACGAACUCGGCUUCUCGUUUCCAGAGUGGAAGAAGUGGAUGAUCCUGUCCAUCAUUUUCCUCGUCCAGGUGUCUAUGAACUUCAACACGUCGCUGUACAGCAACGCCGUCGGCGGUAUCUCAAAGGAAUUCGGUGUCAGCGCGCAGGCAGCGCGUGUCGGUGCGGCCGCUUUUUUGGUCGCGUAUGCGUUUGGAUGCGAGCUGUGGGCGCCCUGGUCGGAAGAGUUGGGUCGUUGGCCUGUCCUCCAGCUCUCUCUGUUCUUUGUGAACGUUUUCCAGAUCCCUGUAGGCAUUGCGCCCAACUACGCGACUAUCAUUGCGUUCCGUACGCUUGGCGGUCUUUCGACUGCUGGUGGCUCCGUCACCCUGGCUAUGGUUGCUGACAUGUGGGAACCUGACAACCAGCAGUACGCUGUCGCUUUCAUCGUCUUCUCGUCCGUCGGUGGGUCGGUGCUCGGUCCCAUCGUCGGUGGCUUCGUUGAACAGUUCCUGGCAUGGCGCUGGAACAUCUGGAUCCAACUGAUCUUUGGUGGUGCCGUCCAGAUCGCUCACGCCUGCCUCGUCCCUGAGACACGCACAACAGUCCUGAUGGACCGCAUCGCGAAGAAACGCCGUGCGGAGGGUACCAAGAACGGCAAACCCGUCAACAUCUGGGGGCCCAACGAACUCACGCCCUGGAGAGAGCGCUUCAGCCUCCACGAGAUUAUCACCACCUGGGUCCGCCCAUUCCGCAUGUUCCUGACCGAGCCUAUCGUGCUUGUCCUGUCCCUGCUCUCCGGUUUUUCCGACGCCAUCAUCUUCAUGUUCCUGCAAUCGUACGCUCUUGUGUACGCACAGUGGGACUUCGCAACCUUCGCCAUCGGUCUCGCUUUCGUCCCUAUCGGUAUCGGCUACCUCUUGGCCUGGUUCUCUUUCUUCCCCGCCAUCAAGCGCAACGAACGCCUCCGCAAGGAGCGCCCUGGUGAUGAGAUUGCACAGUACGAAGCGCGUCUCUGGUGGUUGCUGUUCACCGCUCCCUGCCUUCCCAUCGGAUUAAUCAUCUUCGCCUGGACAUCGACUGGUCCUCCGCUCCACUGGAUCGGCUCUAUGAUUGCUUCCGCUAUCAUAGGUAUCGCCAACUAUGCCAUCUACAUGGCCACCAUCGACUACAUGAUCUGUGCGUAUGGGCCAUACAGCGCCAGCGCGACAGGCGGCAACGGGUGGGCUCGUGAUUUCCUGGCUGGUGUACUUACGCUCCCCGCUACACCGUUCUUCCAGAAUAUCGGCUCGAACCCUCUCGCGUACGCUUCGACUAUUCUCUUCUGCAUUUCAUUGCUUCUGGUCGUGUCAAUUUAUGUCAUCUACUGGAAGGGUCCCGUGCUGCGCAUGAGGUCGCCAUUCGCUCAGCAGCUUGCUGGUGCCCGUGAAGAGACCGGCGGUAGGAGAGCUAGUCACCUGCCCGGUGUAUACGGCUCAAGAGUCAACUCCAUCUCGGGUAACAGCCAAGCUGGCAUGCCCAACUCAAGGCGAGGCAGUGUUAUCAGGGGUGCGAGCUUUCAGGGCAGACCGGGUGUUCAACGCGGUAUUAGCUCUUCGAAUGCGUACUAGAUGUAUGGUCAAGGAGGAAAAGUGUCGGAAGGGCGAAGAUUUUGUUAUAAGAUAUUGUAGCUUUAUUGUUAAUGAAUUGAAGAAAAUGAGAAGUGCUCACACCAG